CAUUCCGCCGUGAAGCUUAUUUCCCCCACCUCCUUCCGAAUGGUUGAGCCUUUGGAAAACUUCACGGAGUGACAAUGAAGCUAACAUCAGUCCAUGAUAUUUUUAUUAUAUCUUUAUUUCUUUUCUCACAGUUUGUUCGAGGGCUGGAGGAUUGCAGAAGUGGGAUGUAUCCACCUAAAGGACCAACGUUUAAAGGUAAUGUGACCUGGUACACUGUAAAUCUCGAUUUACCCCCGAGUGAGAGAUGGACGCAAGUGAUCAAAGAUAAAAACACAGAGUUGAUCACAAUGGUACAGACAAUAAAAGACAUGGCCAAGGGCUUUUUCCAUGGAAAACUUAUUGAUUUAGUGGACGAGGAGCUGCCAUUGAUUGUGGACACACUGCCACACCCUUUCAAUGAAGAAAUUAAGGGAAUAGCUGCAGUUUCUGGCAUCCCUCUGGGAGAGAUUACGCUGUUCAAUAUAUUUUAUGAGAUUUUCACUGUUUGUACAUCACUUGUUGCAGAAGACUUUAAUGGAAAUAUUUAUCAUGCCAGGAAUUUGGACUUUGGACUGUUUAUGGGGUGGGAUCGACAGAAUAAAACAUGGACUUUAACAGAGAAGCUUAAACCACUUGUGGUGAAUGUCAAUUUCCAAAGGAAUAACAAAACCGUGUUUAAAUCAACAAAUUUUGCUGGAUAUGUUGGCAUGCUCACUGGAAUUAGACCUGGUGAACUGACCCUAACGAUGAAUGAGCGUUUCAACUUUGAUGGGGGUUACGUAGGGAUUCUGGAAUGGAUUUUUGGCAAGAGAGAUGGAAUGUGGAUGGGAUUUAUUACUCGCAAAGUCCUGGAAAAUGCUACAAGUUACGAGGAUGCCAAAGCCCAGCUCUCUCUGACGAAACUGCUUGCACCAGCUUACUUUAUCUUGGGUGGUAACCGAACGGGUCAGGGUUGUGUGAUAACCAGGACUAGAAUAAAUACGUUGGACAUCUGGGAACUUGAUAGGGAUCUCGGGAGAUGGUACGUCUUGGAAACAAACUAUGAUCACUGGGAAAAGCCUAUGAUCUUAGAUGACCGCAGAACACCGGCAAUGAAGUGCAUGAAUCAAACCACACAAGCGAACAUUUCUCUGUCAUCAAUAUAUGAUGUUCUGUCAACAAAACCAGUUCUUAAUAAGUUGACAACCUACACCUCAUUGAUGGAAGUAUCAACUGGAACUCUGGAGUCUUAUAUCAGAGACUGUCCAAAUCCAUGCACGCCGUGGUGACCUGUCAUCACCUCUGAAUGAGCCGAGACAUAUGAAAUACUGUUCACGAUCUGUUAUUACGGGGCCAAUGUACAUAUACAGGAAGGAGCAUAUUAAAAAUAAUAAUGAUGGUUGCAAUUCUACCUCUGAACUUUCACAUAUCUGUUCUCAUGGACACGUCUGUUAUAACUGCUUUAUUAUCACUUUAUAUUAUAACUAUAAUUAUGAUUGCUUUAUCACUGUAACUCAUUGUGAAAAGCAUAAAUGUUACUGCUGCAAACUUUGAGUAACCACACAUUUUAAAUGGAAAUGUUUGUGUAUGCUCUUUGAUCUGUGUGUGUAUGGGUAAGUUAAUUUCAAUAAUUGUUGCCUUUUUCUAUAAGGAAAUCUAUUUUUCUGAAAUCCUUGAUUCUUAAGAGUUUUUUUUUCUUUUUUGGUAAUUUAUAGUUGAAGGUGUUUUCUUUAUGAGAUUGUGCUAAAUAUGCAAAUUACGGUAUGAGAAUAAGCAUUAUUUUCGCAGAGUGCUGAAUUAGUUUUUUCAAAUUUAAUAUAUAAAAUAUUAUAAUUCUAUAAUACAAUUUUGCUUCAAUAAAAGCUAGACAUCUUUUACCCUCA